UCCCGCUGCCGGCUCAGUUCACUUCGCCGCAGUCGGAGCUUCACUUUCUCUGAAAACAUCACUGUACUUUUAUCGUUAUCAUCUGCAAACAUGACUCAGGUCAACACCUGCCUCAAACGCACCUUCACCAUCUUCAACAUCCUCUUCGCGAUUAUUGGCGGCAUCAUCAUCGCGCUCGCUCUGCUGCUUCAGGUCCUCACAAAUGUUCAUGGAGGAGAAGGCCUUGAAGGUCGGACCUCUGGCCUCAUCGGCCUCUACGUCGUGGGCACCAUCACCCUGGUGAUCGCCGUCCUGGGAGCCUACGGGGCCCACAAGGAGAGCAAAGUGUCACUGAUCGUGUUCCUGGUGUGCAUGGUUAUUGGGACUCUGCUGAUGCUCAGAGUCGCUAUCCCCUCUGCAGUCGCCCGUCCCGAGCUGGGGGACUUGAUGGAGUCCAAGUUUCGCCAGCUUCUGCCUCUGGACACAGCUUCAGACGAUGUGAAGACCCUGGCCGAGGAGCUGCAGAAAGAGAUGCACUGCUGUGGUCUGUUCAGUUAUGAGGACUGGAGGAACGAAAUCCCCAACUCCUGCCUGUGCGACCAGGAGGUCGAGACGGAGGCAAAGUGUCAGACCAUCAACUACAACAUGCUCCUGCAGACGCAGUCUGUCUACAUCCAGACCUGCUUCCCCAUCAUCAGAUACUACGUCCUGCUGGUCGUUGACAUCAUGAUCGGAGUCUGCUUCGCUCUGGCUUCUCUGGCGCUGCUGGGCAUGAUCCUGUCCUCCAUCAUCAUCCACCAGAUGCGUCACCCGGACAGACCCACCGUCCUGCUGUCCGUCCCCGCCAUCUUCGCCACUCCUCCCCCCAAAUACCAGGAGCUGCACAACCCUCCGUCCUACUAAAGGAGCGACGCCGCCUCCCUCUUCUGUCGUUAGCUUCUCGUAGAGGGUCCGAAGGUCGAGCGGGUUUAUGUUGUUUCUCUGUUUAUUGUUGAAUUUUGAGGCGAUGUCUUUGGUUAGAGGACGGAGCGUCCCAAGUGCCUUUCGUCACUGUGAGGAUUCCCGACUGUCGGCUCCAUCGAGAUCAAUGGACGGAAGCUGCGACACCUCUGAGUUUUACUUUCUAACGCGGCUCUGAAAAGACCUGCAGCGACUUUAUUUUUCAUUUUAAAUUAGCCGAGAGUGAAUUUAAUUAGUUGGUGCAGUGGGGGCGGGGCCUAUUGAUCACUUUUGUUUAUGUCCGAAUCUGCUGUUUUUAUGCAACCAGAGAGGAUCGAGGUUUGAUUUUUUUUCUUAUUUUUCUAAACAUCACAAGAUAAUUAUCUCAAGUUGUUCAAAAAUGACCAACACUUUUGGAUUUUAAAAUAUUUUUGUUUUCAACAUCAUAGAAGUAAAAUGUCAGAAAUGUUUGAGACUUUUUUUCUUUAAAUUUUGAUUUUUUUUUUUUUUCUCUAAAAAUGUUCUGGGUACACUCAAAAUAACUUGAUCAAAAACAGCCAGAUUGCAAAAUAAUUUAAGAUCACAUUAAAGGCAAUGCAACACAUUAAAGAUAAACUUAGUGUCUGUGUUGAAAGUUGGAAUUUGUAAUCUCUAAUUUCAGAUUUUUUUUUUUCGUAUGGUAAAAUAUUUUGAUUUCAUAUAACUGAAAGGUCAGAAAUUUUGAGACUUAAAUCACUUAAUGCUUUUUUUCAAGAUUUUGGCUCAAAUCCUCUGGUUAUGCAAAACUUAUUUUGUAAAAGAUUUGAUAAAAAAAUCUUAUUAGAAAUGUAAAGAAAUCUAGAAUUAAAUCUAAAAAUGUUGACUUUUUGUGUCAGAUCUUGUGCACAAGCCAAUUUUUGGAAAUUCUGAGAUAAAAAAAAAAAAAAACAGAAGAGAAAGUCGAGCCAAACUUGACUGAAAAACAUCUGCAGUUUUUUGUGUGUGAGUCAGUUUUCUUGUGAUUGUGGAAAAAAAUGAAAGAAAUCUAAACCAGCAUCCUCUCUGGCUUUUUUUUUUCAUCCCACACAAACUUAAGAAGAGCUUCAAAUUAAGUUAUUUUGGCUGCAGUUUCCUGAAAGUCGUUGCACUCAUAAAUGCAAAGAAAAGCACUUUUUAAAACUUAACUAAUCCUUAUUUUGUUAAGCAAACGCAUAUAAUAACGCAGCAAAUGGCCUUUUAGUGUGAUGAAUAAAAAACCACAAGUGCCACAAACAUUGUUUGCUCUGUAGAAGCACUGAAAAACAAAGAGCUGAAAUAUUUUAAUUAUGAGUUGUUUUUGACAGAAAAAGGUUCAAAACUUUAUUUUCUUCUUAACCCUGGACGGGCUGACAGACUUUAUUCCACCUGUGGUGCGUCUGGCACUCUUGCCUCAGUUACUUAUUUUUUUAAAUAUAUUUAUAUUCUGUACGUUUUGUUAGUGAAUGUCACAGUGGGUCUUUCUCUGUUUCUGUCACCACCUCUCUACAACUUUAAACAUUAUAAACUGAUCCUCCAUAAUCCACUUUUCCCUGUCAACCAGCAUGAUGUAAAAACCCGUCAGAAACUAUGAGAAGUCGAGGCUUUUAUUUUGAAAGACCGAGCACUGUUUUGACGAAGCUUUAGAGGCGAAAAUGAAAAGCAUGUGCAGCCAAGUACGGGCUACUCAAACUUAUUUUUUUAUAAUGAAAACUGUAAAAGGAGAAAACUGGAUGUACGAAUGAAGAAAGUCAGCAUGUAAAGAUGAAUAAGUCAUUUAUCGACUGUAAAGCUGGAGAAAAGGGAAAUAUUCUUUAUAUUUUUCAUCUUUUCGUUGUAUCACGUUGGAUUUGUUUCUGCUGUAAACUGAUACUGUAGAUCCUCAACAACUUACAGAAAUAAAGACGAUAAAUCAAACUAA